AUGAAAGCAUGGAAUGAUCGUGUCACCCAUUUGCAGAAAGGAUGUGACAGAACUGAUCUGAUAGACAAAUACAAAAUCAAAUAUUGGCAAGGUCGAGCAAUAUUUUUCCAAUCAACGAAACUAAACGUAAGCAUUUGUAAAGUUGCAAAAGCCGGAAGUACAUUUUGGGCUAUUGUGCUUUUAAUUGUCGAUAAAGGCAUACCGGCUACUAAAGCAUUUGGCAUUUCCAGGAGCAAGAUACACGGCAUAAGUAACGAACUUACCAUAUCGUUAUCACCAAAUCAUCAAUCACUGGGGACGAAAGGUGUUGUCGUUUCCCGAGAUCCAUAUUCAAGACUUUUUUCUGCAUUUAUAGACAAGUUCUACCUCUUAAGAUUUGCUUCAAGUGCUAAAUCACUAGCGCGCUCAUUAGGUAAAGGGCUGUUUAUAACUGAUGCUGGUGAAUGUGGAUAUGACAUUUCUUUCCAAGAUUUUGUAGAAAGUGUAACCACAAAUGCUCUUCAAGGAAGAUCUAUCAACCGUCACUGGUGUCCAGUUUACACUUUAUGUAGAGUUUGUGAUGUAGAUUACAAUUAUGUAAUAAAGCAAGAGACACUGACAAGAGAUACGGAGAACAUUAUAGAUAAACUGAAUAUUAGUAGGGAAAUGAAAACAACACUAACGAAAAUGUUUCAUGGAUCUGGUACAAAUAAAACAAUGGAGGGGGUUAUAGAAACGAUGUGGCAGGCAAUUGAUCGCAAUGUGAUGCAACAAUGCUGUAGUAACAAACUAGCCUACUUUAUGAAAAUGUGGGAAGCAUUCAAGAUACAAGGUUAUAUUAGAACAAAUAUUUCCUUUCCAUUGUCAUCAUUUCAGGAAAAGGGCGAUGUUAAUGUUGACGAAUUCAUCAAAGCUGUUUUAACAGCAAUGUAUACGAACCCUCUAUCCAGCGUAGAGAGGAAGGAUCAACGUAGACAAGCUUUAGUAAAGGCUUAUGCAGACAUUCCAAGGCGAAUAAUUGCACAGAUCCAGGAAAUGUUUAAAAUGGAUUUUCAUAUGUUUGAUUAUGAUGUCAAUCCACCGACAUGA